GCAUGAUCAACUUUAAGCACAAUUUAGCUUCGAUUAUCAGUCUAAAAUGCCACUUUAGACGAAUUCUAGCUGGUCAAAGAUGUCGUUUACGAAAUUAACCCGGUUGUGUGAAUAGUUUGGGUUAAAAAUUGCGCAAAUAAAGUCUAUAUUUAGGGGAAAGUUGGUGACGGUGUUACGAAGAUUUUUGUGGACCGAUCGAUCCUGUUCUAACGAUGCCGUCCUUUGACAUUUUAAACCGUGUGGAGCUGUAUUUACGAAAAAGGAAAUUUCAUCCCGAGACCACAGCUGCCCAGCGAUAUGUGGCCCGGAAAGCCAGCAAGCACUUCAUAUAUAAAGAUGGGUGCCUGUUGCGUAAGUACAGAGGGCGCCUCUUACAGGCCGUGAUGAGUGAGGAGCAGGUGCGAGAAAUCAUGGUCCAGUUCCACGACAACAAUAACCACGCGGGGAGAGUGCGCAUGGUCCGAGAAAUCAUGUCCAUGUAUUACUGGGUGGGAGUGACGGACAUGGUUAAAGACUACAUAAAGCGCUGUGAGGUGUGUAAAGAGAGGAGAGCUCCAGAGGCCUCAGAGCUGGUGCAGUACUGUUUGGCCUAUGGCUGCGACGGAUCCAGCUUCAUCUACCCAGAGCUCACCUUCCACAAAUUCCCUAAGCCCGGCGAGCAGAGGCAGCGCUGGCUGGUGGUGGCUCAGAGAGAUGAGGGAUCGGUCAGAAAAGGCUCCAGGCUCUGCUCCAGACACUUUGAACCAGAAUGUUUCUUUAUGAAUGAAGAGGGACAAGAGGAACUGAGGUCAGAUGCUGUGCCCACCAUUAUCGGGGUCUCCAAACAGCCAUUAGACUCAGAGGAGCCGUUAUUCCACCCCUCAUCUCUGGAGGACCUGUUGACAUGCGCCGCGGCCACAGCAGAGGUGUGUCCAGUGGGCUUCAGCUCGGUGCAGAGUGAGCCCCCUUUCCAGGAGCACCAGUACAGCCUCAGAGUACCAGACCGCCACCCCAGAGAAGCCCCAGACCCAGUGCAGGAGUCCAGGCAGAGCGCAUCAUUCACCACAUACAACCACAUCGCCAGGUAUCUGAGCCACAGGAUACUUCCUCAACAAACUAAGAAGAGAAAAGGCUCUCUGAGGAGGAUGGCCAAGCGCUUCACUCUCAUUGACGGAGUCCUCUACUACAACCUGCGCUCUCCUCCAGUCAGAGUCCCCCGCAGCAGAGAGGAGGUGAACGCGAUCCUGCAGCAGUUCCAUGAUAAUAGCGGUCACUAUGGACACGGCACCUGUUUUAAAGCCAUUGUAAAGCAUUAUUACUGGUACUCCAUGAGCAGAGACCUGUCGUGUUGGAUCUCACGCUGCCCCACCUGCCUCAGCCGCUCCAAGAGGAAGUGGCUCCGCUGCAGCAUCAUGACCUGCACCAACUGCUGUGGACCAGUGGAGAGGAAGUUGGGGCUCACCUUCCACAAUUUCCCCAUGGACAGUCCCUCGCUGCUGGCUCGCUGGCUGAAGGCAGCUGGGCGUCCUCACUGGUACCCUCACCUCUGGUCGUCUGUCUGCUCUGUUCACUUCACCGAUGACUGCUUCGACGGCUCAGGGGGCAGAGAGGUGCUCAAGCCAGAUGCUGUGCCAACCAUCAAGACACAUGGAGAUGAGGCGAUGCAGAGCCUGAGCGAGGGGCAAAAUACUGCAGAGACGGACGAGGAUCAGGAGGAUGCAUUUUUUGCUAAAUAUGAUGCGGUGGAGCUGUACAUCUCCACCAGGACCUACCCCCCUGGACUCACCUACGUCGAGAAGAACACCUUCAGGAGGUUCUGCAAGAAGUAUUUUGUCAAAGAUGGCGUGCUGCACAUUCGGGUGAGAGAUCGCGCUGUGCCUGUACUCAGGAACAGACAGCAAGUAAAUGAGGCUCUGAGGGAAUAUCACGAUGAACUCAACCACCUGGAGGUCAACAAGUGUCUGAGACUACUUAACGAGAGAUGUAACUGGAGGACAAUGCGCUCGGAUAUUGCACAGUGGAUCAGUAAAUGUGUUGUGUGUCGCCUGAAAAACAAACCCAAAGUUCCUCCUGUUCAGAAACAAGAUGGAGACAAGAAGCUCAGGUCUCGACACAGCAAACACAGAACACGCAGUGAUCCAGAGGAGGAAGAGGAGGAUGAAAACAACAUGUCAAGUGACGGAAGUGAAACUGAGUCUGACACAGAGAUAAACGUGCAGAGGGUUCACCCGAAGCCCCAAAAGCAAGUUCAAACCUCACUUGACCUCAAGACCUCACUUCAGUCCCAAAUAAAAGUCCGUAUUCCAGCUCAGAACCAAGUAACAAACCAAGUUCAAACUCCAAUAGAAACCCAAAAGUCCAAAGUCCAAAUUCCAGCCCAGAGUCAGGUCCCAACCCAAAUCCCUACCCAAGUCCCAACCCAAGUCCUGCCUCAAAUCCCGACCCAAGUUCUGUCUCAAAUUCCAACUCAAAUCCCGACUCAAGUUCCAAACCCAGCCCAAACUCAAGUCCAAGCUCAAGUGCAGGCCCAGGUCCAGGUCCCGCUUCUGCUUCAUCUUGGUUCUCCUUUUAACCUUCAGUCUGGGGGUCCCAUUCUCCUGACUGCUGCCCAAAACACGCUCGUAGCCCAGCUCAGAGGACAGGAGCAGAACCCCACCAGCAUCAACGCUAAAGGAGCGGCACAGGAGAAACGGGCCAUACAGAACAAGAAAGAAAAAUCUGAAAUCCAAAUUUUGAAUCCGAAUGCAAUGAACUUCCAGCACGAGGAGCAGGUGCUGACGAGCCACGAUAAACCGCAGGUGCUUAGGGAACAGAAGGUGGAAGUGUCUCACAGGGAGGUGAUCCAGACCUCUCCCUCUGACAAAACACAGAAACAGCAGAGCACCCAGAGCCCGCAGAGACCCACACACAGCAGCAGAGGGCGCCCUCUGAAGAGAAAGUUCUUCCCAGACGAGGAGGUGCCGGUGAGGAGGGUGCAGAGGGAGAGUGUGGAGCCCAUGGUCUGCAGCUCCAAACCUGGACCUGAAACAGAGUCUGAAACACAGAGUUCACAGAGACAGACAGAGCAGAAGGACAAGAGGAGGGCAGACAGUGAGCGCCCCCUGGAGGCCCGUGUCAUGGUGCAGCAGUGCAGUCGUGCCAGAGUCAAAACUCGGGCUGGAGUAGACGGAGCGGAGUCACAGUACGCACAGAUCGGGGAGGGCCUCGUGGUUUACGUGUGUUUCUUUGACGGAGCCACAGACGACACCACUCAGAGGAUAGCGGACUCAAUCAUGAACACACGUUUCUUCCGCACUUCGCUGCGUCGGCAGGUCUCCGUGCUGGACCUGCGUGGCUCUGUUCUGCUGGUGCCUCAGGAGUCUCUGGGCUUUGAACCAGGGCCUCGUCGGAGCAUGCAGAGCAGAGGGAUGAGUGAAGCCUGGGUGAGCAAACAGCUCUUCUCAAGCCUCUACCUCCACUGCACCCAGCUGCUGUGUGCCCGGGCAACUGGAGAGGGCGCUGUGGAGCAGGGGCUGUACGGGCAGAGGCAGGAGAUUGAGAUCACCUCCACUGAACCGAUGAGCCACAUGCUGGAGUUUUAAAGUGGGACUAAACAUCUAAACUCUGACAACAACCACAUUUCAAAUAGAGCUUCUAAACUGGGCAGUACCUGGAGGAUUAAAGGCGUGAGAGUGAGGUGUUUCUGUUUGUAAUCAGAAACACCUGGCUGUAAUCCGGGCAGUGUUUCAUAAUGUCACCAACUACUUGAAAUUUCAGAGGUCACUGAAAGUAGCAGAAACUUAGAUUUAGA